AUGACUGGAAUACGCCAAAUUGCUCCUAAUCCGUCUGAUGAAUACAAAAAUCUUUUAGCCAAGAUGAAAGAAAUGGAGAAAUCCAUGGUCGAUGUACGUGGUGAACUCACCACGAUGCAUAAAGCCAUUUGUGCUGGCUUUGGACAAGGAAAUGGACCCCAGACAUCUGCUUCUGUUUCUCUUGAUAAUCCUUCCGUUGCUGCCAGUUCCAUUGUCAGAAUUCCUGCUGGCAUCGCUUCUGAAAUCAGCUGUGAAAACAAGGACAAAGUCUUUAAGUUGAUUCGAGGGUACAUGCGGAGGGACAAAUUUACUUCCAAUGAUCCUGCCCUUGUCAGCGCCAUGCCCUUAAGCCCCAACAAGGAGAUCGUUGCCAAUCUUCUUAGUUACCUGCUCCCAAAGUUUGUUGGGCAGGGUAUAAAAACAAGCGAAUUCAGUACUAUGGUGCACACAAACUUCUGGAGCAUAACUCGUAAGGACAGGGAAGAUCCUAUGGUGAGAGCUGCCACUAACGCUCGUGGAAGACGAGCUGCAAGAGAAACUGAACACUUCAACCGCCGCGUAAUGGCAUAUGUGUCAAACAAGGAUUCAAUUGAUGCUUUAAUGAAGAGAAACUGUUCUGGGCUGAUGAUCGAAUCAGCAAUGUCUGAAGGCGAGUCAGAGGACGAGUUUCUUGGGAGACCUUGCAAGCGCAUUUUUAAUAGCCUCAUCUUCAACAUUGAUGAGAUUGUGAGAGCAAACUUGGGUAACAACAUUCGCCAAUUGUUAGACAGAAAUCUCACUAGCCUGUCUGAGAAACCAGUUCCCGAUGACGUCGCGUUGUGUUUCCCUCCGUGGACCCUUAGAGAUGGGCCACAAUAA